AACCACCGCCUUCGCUUAAUCGGACGGUCGUGAUGUAGUAGCGUUCGGAUCAAGAGGCCGGACAACAAAUGAAGACGAUAGCACAUAGAAGUUGACUUGGGCCUGUGGCUGGACUCUGAGGAGGAUGGACCACGUCUGACCCAGUCUUGAGUCCUUCCCCUCUUCUCUCUCUCUCUCUCUCUCUUUCUUUUUUCCCUCCCUCCCUCUCACCCGCUGAACCUCCCGUAACCAUGGAGACGUGCACACGGGGCUGCUCCUCGGCCAUGCGGCUGUGCGGGAAGCUGAACCGGCUCAAGACGCUGGAGGCGGACGUCAUGGCGACCUCGCUGAAGCGCUGCCUCUCCACCGUGGACCUGACGCUGUUGGGCGUGGGCGGCAUGGUGGGUUCGGGCCUCUACGUUCUCACGGGCACCGUCGCCAAGGACACGGCCGGCCCGGCCGUGGUGCUGUCCUUCCUGAUAGCAGGCGUGGCCUCGCUCAUGGCCGCCCUGUGCUACGCCGAGUUCGGCGCCCGCGUGCCCAAGACCGGCUCCGCCUACAUGUUCACCUACGUGUGUGGGGAGAUCUGGGCCUUCCUGAUUGGCUGGAAUGUGAUUCUGGAGUACAUGAUUGGUGGGGCGGCGGUGGCGCGGGCCUGGAGCGGCUACUUGGACUCCAUCUUCGACCACCGCAUCCAGAACUUCACGGUGAGUCACGUGAUGCGCUGGGACGUGCCCUUCCUGGCGCACUACCCGGACAUGCUGGCGGCCAGCAUCCUGGUGGUGGCGUCCUUCUUCAUCUCGUUUGGCGUGCGCGUCUCCUCCUGGCUCAACCACAUCUUCUCCGCGGUCAGCAUGGCGGUCAUCGUCUUCGUGCUGGUCUUCGGCUUCGCGCUGGCCGACCCGCAGAACUGGGGCGCGCGGGAGGGCGGCUUCACCCCGUUCGGCAUCUCCGGGGUGCUGGCCGGCACCGCCACCUGCUUCUACGCCUUCGUCGGGUUCGACGUGAUUGCCGCUUCCAGCGAGGAGGCCCGAGACCCCCAGAAGGCCAUCCCCAUGGCGACGGCCAUCUCGCUGGGCCUGGCCGCCACGGCCUACGUGCUAGUUGCCUCGGUGCUCACGCUCAUGGUGCCGUGGCACUCGCUGGACCCCAACUCCGCCCUCGCUGACGCCUUCUACCGGCGAGGGUACAGCUGGGCCGGCUUCAUCGUGGCUGUGGGUUCCAUCUGCGCCAUGAACACCGUGUUGCUGAGCAACCUCUUCUCGCUCCCGCGCAUCGUCUACGCCAUGGCGGAGGACGGGCUGUUCUUCUCGGUGUUUUCGCGGGUCAACCCGGUGACCAAGGUGCCGGUGGUGGCCAUCCUGGUGUUCGGCAGCCUGAUGGCGCUCAUGGCGCUGCUGUUCGACCUGGAGGCGCUGGUGCAGUUCCUCUCCAUCGGCACCCUCCUGGCCUACACCUUCGUGGCCGCCAGCAUCAUCGUGCUCCGCUACCAGCCCGAGAGGAAGAACGCCUCGGACGGCGGGGGGCAGAAGACCGACGCCUCCUCCUCCUCCGGCCCCGUCACGCCUUCCCCCGGGGUUACCACGGCAACCACCCCCUCCGCGCCCCCCCCCGCGGCCGCGAGGCCGGCGGAUGAGACGCUGACGCUGACGACGCCGGACGGCGGCGAGCUGAAGGAGUACGAGUCGUUCUCGGACAAGCUGCAGCUGGUGGAGCGGGACCCAAGCGACGACAGCGGUGGCGGGGGCGACCGCCGGCCGCCGGGGCACCUGAAGGCGCGCUGGGAGCCCUACCUGAGCCGCGUGCUGGGGCAGUGUGAGGCAGGCGGGGUUGUGCCGUUGGCCGUGGCGGCACUCAUGGUCAGUGCUGUGUCGCUGUGUGCCGUGCUGGUGUUCGGGUCCAGCCCGCUUCACCUGCCCUCCUGGAGUUUCGGCCUGCUGGUGGCCAUCUUCAGCCUCACCUACCUGCUCAGCCUCGGACUCAUCUGGGCACACCAGCAGAAUCUCAACCUCAAGACCUUUCAGGUUCCUCUGGUGCCAUUUGUGCCAGGAGCCAGCAUCCUGCUGAACCUGUUCCUCAUGCUCAAACUCAGCCCUCUCACCUGGAUACGCUUCACUGUGUGGGUCGCAAUAGGUCUGGUGGUGUAUUUUGGCUAUGGUAUCUGGCACAGUAAGGAGGGUUUGCGGGAGCAGCAGCAGGGGGCGGAUGUGGUGGCGGCGCGCUACGUGGUCCUGCCCGGCGGCAGCCUGGUGGAGACGGUCCAGUCUGUCCAGCCAGAGGGCCAGGAGCACACACACACACACACACACACACACCCCGCAACCUCCCCCAACGACCAACCCCACACCAACAGAUGAGAUCUGCAUGUGUGUACAUGUGUCUGGUUGUGCAUAGGAGGUGAUGAGUUUCGGAGCAGGACAGGAAGCCAGAAACCCUGCUGUAUUUGUUGCCUGUUUGUUCAAAUUGUAAUUUAUUCUGUUCCUCUUUGUGAAGUCUUUUCUCUCUCUCUCUCUCUUUCUCUUUCUCUCUCUCUCUCUCUGUCUCUCUGUUGUUUUGGUGUCUCUGUUUGGGCACAGUCUUGGUUUGGUGACCAUGCGAGUAGUGGUUUCAUGGUUAAACCUGAACACGGAAUGAAGGAUGUUCCAACAACCAUAUCAGAGGGGUUGAAAAGCACAGCACUUUCCAAACUCACCUGCUUCUGUAUGCAUGUACUGUAUGUAUGCCACCCACACCAGCCCCACCCCACCCUCACCCCACCCUUGCCCGUUCAAGGUGCUUGGCGUCUGUCAACAGUUUCAUGUAAGCAGAAGUGAUGAUGGGCUCCAUUCAUUUCAUGAGCUGUGUGUUCCCUCAUCUGCCUCUUUGUUCUGAGUGCUGUAUUUAGUUCAACAGGGUGUGUGUGUGUGUGUGUGUGCGUGUGUGUGUACUCACUGUCGACAAACAGUGUUGGGUUACUGAUGGUUCUUGUUUGCUUUGCAUGGUACAAAUUGGUCUCAAAUUGAGUCAGCCCACUAUGGGUUGACCCUGAGUUUGGGUCACGGCCACUCCCACUCCUGUGGCUUCCUGUAGCCGUCUCAGUUUGAUGAUGUCAGCUGAAGCAGCUGUGUAGCUAUGCUUCCUGUAGCCAUCUCAGUUUGAUGAUGUCAGCUGAAGCAGCUGUAUAGCUAUGCUUCCUGUAGCCGUCUCAGUUUGAUGAUGUCAGCUGAAGCAGCUGUAUAGCUAUGCUUCCUGCAGAAAGCUGCAUUGUUGUUGCUGCUGCUGCUGCUGCCUGUUCUGUGGUUUAUUCCUUUUCUGUGUAGCUGCUAAUCCACAUCUCUGUGUGUUUGUUUGUGUGUGAGUGUGUGUGUGUGUGUGUGUUGGGGUGAGGGGGGUUUAAGGGGGUGGUGAUGGUCUCCAUUAAAUCAGUAAACGUUGCACGGUUUCACCUAUUUUACUCACGGAGAGGAAAAAGAGAUUGUCAGUUGGCACACAGCGAUGAUGUCAUCAUCUCACGUGUCAACACUAUUGUUUACUGUUGGCUCCAUAGAUGGUACAUUCCUAACAGACUUUCAGUGAUUAAUGCUAGUUAAAAACUAGCUAAUUUCCACUUUGUAUGGCAAUGUCAUUGCGCACAUUGUUACAUUUAGUAUCAAUAUCAGGAUUUUUCUAAUCCCGAUGUUCAAUUGGUAUGACUUUACCAAUCCAGAACGUUUCAGUUAUGAAGCAGUCAAAUGGGGGUCAGAGGAGCCUUUCCUUGUCGUUUGAUGACUUCUUCUGAAGCCGCUAGAGUGUGGAGGGUUAAAGGUCGAGGCUUCAGAUGGUCUCACUCUUAAGGGUGUCGGAUCACUAGGGCUGUGCUAGAGCAGGAGUGUGCUCACUGGGAUUCAUUCUGCUGAAGUACAAAUUAAUUUAAGAUGUGAAGAUCAUUUAUUUAAUCUGUUGACGAUCUGUGAAAAAAACACAGUUGCAAGCACAUUGUACACACUUUCUCACACACGCACACACUCACAAACAUUUACAUGC